UGCCUGGGGUCGUGACCCCGGAAGUGGUGUGCCGCUGAGACGACCCGGUGAGGGGCAGGGCGGCAGCGCGGGGACAUGGCCAGAUAGGCGGCCGGGGUGCCGGUGCUUUUGUUUGUUUGGGGAAAAUGGCCUCACCAUUCACUGGUUCCACAGCAGUUUCUGAUGUAAUUAAAGAUCUAGAUACUCAGAUAGCUCUGAUUGGUUUGGGCCCACAUAAUCCCAAAAAGAAGCAAGACCUUGACAAGCUGUAUGAUCUGAAGGCUAAAGCCCAGCAGAUUAUGAACCAGUUUGGCCCAUCUACUUUGAUCAACUUAUCCAGCUUCUCCUCGAUCAAGCCAGAACCAGCUAGUACUCCUCCUCAUAGCUCCAUGGCAAACAACACCACUGUGGCAAAGAUGCCAGGGACCCCUAGCAGCGGAGGGCGCCUCAGUCCUGAAAGCAAUCAGAUACUGACUAAGAAGAAACUGCAGGACCUUGUCAGAGAGGUGGAUCCCAAUGAGCAACUGGAUGAAGAUGUGGAAGAGAUGCUGCUGCAGAUUGCCGACGACUUCAUUGAAAGCGUGGUGACAGCUGCCUGCCAGCUUGCGCGGCAUCGCAAGUCCAACACUUUGGAAGUCAAAGACGUCCAGCUGCAUCUUGAGCGCCAGUGGAAUAUGUGGAUCCCAGGUUUUGGCUCUGAAGAAAUCAGGCCAUAUAAGAAAGCCUGCACUACAGAAGCUCACAAACAGAGGAUGGCACUGAUCCGCAAAACAACCAAGAAAUAAUGUCUGGGAAUGGCAGGGAGAGAAAGGUGGCUCUACUGGGAAAAUCUGCCUCUAAGCUGCAGUGUCUUCGUGCCAUCGACGGGAUUGUUUUUCUUAAUGCUUUACAGAAGAGGAUAUAUCCCAACAGUGCAGCAAUAUCUGACUUUAAGAGGAGAUCUGCCAAAAACCGUUAGGCCCUGCCCCCUCCAACUGUUUUCCCUAAAGAACACAAUGUAUCCUGAAAAACAGACUUUAUUUUCUGCCUUCAAACUGA